AUGUCGGGCAACUCGAACCAAAUGAGCAAGAACGAUGCUUCUCGCAUCCAGUCCUCUUCGGACAAGACCUUCAACCAGACGGGCAACAAUGACGGCGGCUUCGCCAGCCGUGCUCAGUCGGCAGCCGACAAGAACACCAACGCUUCGGCGGCAGCUUCUGGCGGCAACAACCAAGGCCAAGGCCAAGGCCUGGGUCAGGGUCAGAAGUAG